ACAAGACCGUAUGAUUGGCCAGUCGCGGAUCCAGGAUAUCCGGCAAACAAUUUACGGUUGUUGCCACCGGGUUGACGUCUCGCACUCGUUAAACGUACGCGUUUGGAAGCUUCCGAACAUAAUCAUAUCAUUUCAAAUUGUCUGCGGGCGAGAAUUCGUAUUGGUCGUGUGCGAGGAGAGGACGGCGUGGGCGUGUUUUAUAUCUCCGCCCACUCCGGAAAACUGAAGUGAGCUUUGAUUAUUUUUGUUUUUUUUUUUUUAGGUGACGUGGAGUUCGACGCUUUGCUUUUCUCGAGUCGGCGCAUGUACGCAAGUAUUCUGACGAAAAUGGCUUGUUCGGAAUUUAAAGCUUGAACACGAUACCCCCGAAUGAUUCGCUUUUUUAAGUCGACACACUUGAGCUCCGGCGUCGACGUGGGGGCCUAAGUUGGAGGAUUGCGACGCGGAGAAACAGGUCUGGGAAACUGAUGGCUAACUCUUUGUGUCCGCACCAGCGGUUAUGCACUGCGGAAGAGGACCCCAGCCAGGCGGCCGGCGCAAAACCAUGACCCUGCCUUGCGUCUUCGUCCUCUGCCUCCUGUCAGCUGUGGCGCUGGGCUACAAGCAGGGGGACAAAGUGACUUUGUAUGUCAACAAAGUGGGUCCUUAUCAUAACCCUCAGGAGACGUAUCACUUCUACACUUUGCCUGUUUGCAGGCCGGACAAGGUGCAUCACAAGUCUCUCAGCCUGGGAGAAGUGCUGGAUGGCGACAGAAUGGCCGAAUCGCUGUAUCAAAUUAGCUUCCGAGAAAAUGUGCAGAAGAAAACUCUUUGUCAGCUCACGCUCUCGGACAAUCAGGUGGACCAGCUUCGCGAGGCCAUCGAGGAGCUCUACUACUUUGAAUUUGUCCUGGACGACAUUCCCAUCUGGGGUUUUGUGGGCUACAUCGAGGAGAGCGGCUUCCUGCCACACAGCCACAAAGUGGGCCUGUGGACUCACCUGGACUUCAACAUCGAGUACAACGGCGACUCUGUCAUCUUCGCCAACGUCUCUGUGAAGGACGUCAAGCCCGUCCCCUUAGAGGACGGUGCCGGAGCAGCCGCGGGUGGCGUCGGGGUCGGCGGGGGAGGUCUGACGGUCACGUACUCGUACAGCGUGCGCUGGUUCGAGUCCCCCCUGCCGCACGCCCGUCGAGCGGAGCGCCUCAGGGACCAUUCCUUCUUCCCCAAAACGCUGGAGAUCCACUGGCUGUCCAUCAUCAACUCGCUGGUGCUCGUGGUGCUGCUCCUGGGCUUCGUCAUCAUUAUUCUCAUGCGGGUCCUGAAGAACGACUUUGCCAGGUAUAAUGUGGAGGAGGAGGCGGGCUCCGAUGACCUGGACCAAGGAGACAACGGCUGGAAGAUCAUACACACCGACGUCUUUCGGUUUCCCCCUUACAAAAGCCUGCUGUGUGCCGUGCUCGGCGUGGGGGCCCAGUUCCUUACCCUUGCCACGGGAAUCAUUGUCAUGGCGCUCCUGGGAAUGUUCAACGUGCACCACCACGGCGCCAUUAACUCCGCCGCCAUCGUUUUGUACGCUCUGACCAGCUGCGUGUCGGGCUACGUCUCAUGCAGCUUUUACACGCAAAUCAACGGCAAGCGUUGGGUGUGGAACAUCAUCUUGACCUCGACACUCUUUUCCGCUCCUCUGUUCCUGACAUGGAGCGUGGUCAACUCCGUCCACUGGUGGAGCGGCUCGACGCAGGCCUUGCCGGCCACCACCGUGCUGCUGCUGCUGGGGGCCUGGGUGCUGGUGGGCUUCCCGCUCACCGUCAUUGGCGGUAUCGUUGGCAAGAACCGAGCAGGCGGCUUCCAGGCCCCCUGCCGCACUCGCAAUAUUGCCCGGCAGAUCCCCGCCCAGCCCUGGUACAAGCACGCGGCCGUGCACAUGGCCAUCGGCGGCUUCUUGCCAUUCAGUGCCAUCUCGGUGGAGCUUUACUACAUCUUCGCCACAGUGUGGGGCAGGGAGCACUACACGCUCUACGGCAUUCUGCUGUGCGUCUUCGCCAUCCUCCUCUCGGUGGGCGCCUGCAUCUCGGUGGCCCUCACCUACUUCCUGCUGUCAGGCGAAGACUACCGCUGGUGGUGGCGGAGCGUCCUCAGCACGGGCUCCACUGGCCUCUUCAUCUUCAUUUACUCGGUGUUCUACUACAGGAACAGGUCCUCCAUGAGUGGCCCGGUGCAGAGCACCGAGUUCUUCGGCUACUCUCUGCUCACGGCGCUGGUCUUCUCACUGAUGCUGGGCAGCGUGUCCUUCUGGGCGUCGCUGGCUUUCAUUCGCUACAUCUAUCGCAGUCUUAAGAUGGACUAGGCACGCGAAGCUCCGGAAAGCUUUGAUAACGCCGCGCGCCGGUGGCGGUCUUUGGCCUCCCGUUCUUUUUAGGCUCAUGCGCACGCCCGACAUGGGAGAACAUCCCGGGACUCAGACCGGAGCCAGCGGUCCAAGUUGAGGAGCGAUCAGAAAUGAUCAUGGAUUGUCUGAUGAAAGGUGCAUGUGGGGCUGGUUUAAAAAAAAAAUAGGGUGUUGUGACUUGUCACAGACCCCCUGCCCCAUUCAGGAAGUAGUUUCAGCUGUUUUUUUUUUUUUUGGUGGGGGGGGGGG